AUGGGGUUAUUAUCUAGUAGUGAAGCUUGUCAUGAUUUUUCAUUAAUAUCAAUAGUAGCCAGUGAUUUUUUAUAUAUUUUAUUGUUUUUAAUUUGUUUAUUAAAAAUAAAUCAAUGUCAACAAGAAGAACGAAUUCAAGCUUUAGAAAAACGUAUAAAAGAUUUAGAAGCUCGACAACAACAAUAUCCAGAAGUAAAGUUUUUAACAUAUAAAGAUCGUAAACGAAUUUUAGUUACCGGUGGAGCUGGUUUCGUUGGUUCACAUCUUGUUGAUCGAUUAAUGCUUCAAGGUCAUGAAGUCAUUGUUGCUGAUAAUUUUUUUACUGGUCGUAAACGAAAUAUUGAACAUUGGAUUGGUCAUGAAAAUUUUGAAUUAAUUAAUCAUGAUAUUGUUAAUCCACUUUUUAUUGAAGUUGAUCAAAUAUAUCAUUUAGCUUCACCAGCAUCACCACCACAUUAUAUGUAUAAUCCAGUUAAAACAAUUAAAGUUAAUUCUAUUGGAACUAUUAAUAUGUUAGGCUUAGCACGUCGUGUUCGUGCUAGAUUUUUAUUUGCUUCAACAAGUGAAGUUUAUGGUGAUCCAGAAGUUCAUCCACAAAAAGAAUCUUAUUAUGGUAAUGUUAAUUCAUUUGGACCACGAGCAUGUUAUGAUGAAUCAAAACGAGUUGCUGAAGCUAUGUGUUAUGCAUAUGCUCAACAAGAACAUAUUUCUAUUCGUAUAGCUCGAAUAUUUAAUACAUAUGGUCCACGAAUGCAUAUGAAUGAUGGACGUGUUGUUAGUAAUUUUGUUUUACAAGCACUUCAAAAUGAAUCAAUUACUAUAUAUGGAAAUGGAAAACAAACACGUUCAUUUCAAUAUGUUAGUGAUCUUGUUGAUGGUCUUAUUGCUUUAAUGAACAGUAAUUAUUCAAUGCCGAUGAAUAUCGGUAAUCCUGAUGAAUAUACAAUUGAAAAUUUUGCAUUGAAAAUAAAAGAUCUUGUUGGUUCAACAGCACCAUUAGAAUUUCACGAUGCAGUUAUUGAUGAUCCCAAACAACGUCGACCUGAUAUAACAUUAGCAAAAUUAUGGCUUAAUUGGACACCACGAGUUUCACUUAAUGAAGGUCUUAAUAAAACAAUUGAAUAUUUUCGUAAUGAACUUCGUGUUAAACAUCAUAGUGAACGUAAUAUAUUUUUUCCACCUGAAAAUUUACAUUCCUCGAAUACAAAUACAAUCAAUUCCCAAAAUCAUAAUGAAUUUUAG